AUGGCAUCAGCUGGAUCAUUAAAGGAGAAGAGACUCAUGGAUGUCAAACUAGGGGAGCUGCCAAGCUGGAUACUGAUGCGGGAUUUUACCCCUAAAGGCACUGCUGGAGCAUUUCAAAGAGGGUACUACUGGUAUUACAACAUGUAUAUGAAUGUGAAGAAAGGGAAUGUUGCUGGAGUUUAUAUGGUGCUAGCAGCUUACAUGCUUUUUAACUACUGCCAUUCUUAUGAGGAACUCAAACAUGAGUGGUGA